AUACUCUGGAAAGUGGACUUCAACUACAGGAAGUGAAUGUAACUCUGGAUCCAGACACAGCUGAUCCUGACUGCCUUAAGAUCUCCAAAGAUCAAAAAAGUAUCACAGGAGUUACGGGAUGGUCCCAUAAAUCUUCUGUCCUUGGCUGUCAGAUGUUCUCAUCAGGGAGACAUUUCUGGGAUGUUAUUGUAGGUGGUACAAGAGGAUGGAAUGUAGGGGUUACCACCAAGCCAGUGAACUUUAAAAAUGUUCUUGUGGAGACCAGGGAGUGGCAGGUUUCGGAAUGCGGUGGGGACUACAUGGCCCUCUCUCCGUCAAAAUGCUGUACACUGGUCCUGUCUGAGAGGCCCACGAGAAUUCGCAUCUUUCUCAACUGCGAAGGGGGACAAGUGAGCUUCUUUGAUGCCAAGACCGCAGCUCUGCUCCAUACAUUCUCAGACGCUUCCUUGGUUGGAGAGACCCUCCUGCCCUAUUUCUACUUGGGAGCGGGUCCCUGCAUGACACUCCUCUAACAGGUUAGGUGGCCUUGUAAAUUGAAGGAGUGGAUCAAUUAGUUGAUCUAGAGAGAAAUAACCUGACCAUCAUUUAAAUGUCUCUGAAUUUAAAAAAAAAAAGAGGUGUCUUAGAAACUUUAUAGGCUUUAGCAUCAUGUCUUGAGGUGUAUGAAUAUUAAAAAAUACCUUAUCUUACAGCUAAACCCAUAAAUCGUUGUUUUAGAUGUCCAUCAUAGCUCUCUCAUUUAUGUAUCAGGCUUGUUUGUUUAAUGUUUAGUUGCCAUCAAUGAUUGUGGAAGUUCCCAUUAACUCAGUGUAUUCUGUAAUUUUUCCCUCCUUUUUUCUUUCCUCCCCUGUUUUUUCUGUUUCCUUUUAAAUAUGCAUAUAAUUGUCAUCAUCCCAACAAACCCUAGCAGGGCUUCAGCAGCUAUUAGACUCAAUAUAAGCUUACAGGGGUGUUUUUUUUUACAAAUCCUACUGCUACUUCUGUCUUUUUAUACUUCACUCACUCAGUUAUCUACAACAGUCGGAUUAUUGAUUAUAAGACUGAUCUAAUUUUAUAGGUGCUUCAUGGAUUUUAAUUCCUCCCUUUGCAAUUUUACAUACAG